AUGGGCCCUCCCUCUGCCAAUGAAGGCGACACCGUCACUAUCCAAAUUGGUGUGGUGAACAACGGAUCCGGCGAGGAGACAUUCAGCGUCAGUCUUCAUGACAACACCGAGAAUAAGCCGAUCGCCUCGAAAGAAAUAACGCUGGAUGCCAGUAGCUCAACUACCGCAAGUCUCGACUGGGAUACCUGUGGAGCCUCUGGCGGUCCGCCUCCGCCAGGCCCGCCAACGCCGGGAACCAUUCACUCCCUGACCGCAACCGCAGUAUUGGAAGGCGAUUCAGACAGCAGCAACAAUUCCCUGAGUCUUCUACCAGGGAUAUGGAUCAUUGCCGCUCCCGAGGCACCUGAGAUUGCGUUUCCGGAACAUUUAGAAAUUCCACAAGCCAAGUAUGGGGAGGAGUUGCCGUUGGCAGUACCCCUGGUUCAAACGGAGUCUGUUGCCCUUAGCAGCACCUUCGUGGGACCCGUACAGGGUAUGAAGUCGCUCGAAGCUUCAAAUGCUUUGAUACAAACCGAGGGAGAGGCGCUGAGCAGUGUAUUCAAGGGUCCUGUCGAUGCAGACGACGAUUUAGACUUGAAGGAUCCGGACAUAGGAACUCUGGGAAGCAAGCUUAGCGAGAUAUUCAGCGCAGGCGUUCAAACAAAGGUAAAUGAUAAUUUUGCCAACCCUAAUAUUGAAACCAUCUCUGAACUACUCACUCGCAUUCUGUCUGACAACGCUGAUGCCCGCGUCGAUCAAUUCUUACUCAGGCCAGGGAUUGAUGCUGAAAUUGCACCGUUGACCAGUAUUCAAAUAGACGAUGCUGACAGCGACUCGCUAAGUACUCUCUCAGGACCGGAUUUACAAACUGAAGCAGACCCGCUUACCGACAUUUUCUCCAGCGAAAUCGAAGGCAAUCGCACCCAAAUGCUUUCUGUGCCUGCGAUUUUAACCGACGCACUUCCUUUAGCCGAAAUCAUGUCCGACAUUACUCAAGACCGUGUACUUAACGUCUUCUUAGCACCGACCAUUGAAACGGAAGCUAUGAGUCUGACCGAGUUGUUUAUCAGCCCGUUGACCGUCAUGUCCACUCUUGGCAGCAAAAGACCUGACAUCAACACGUCGGCCAUUCCCCUGUCCGUCAUCUUUUCAGGAUCGGUUGAGGCCAGACUGGCAAAUUCAAUUCGUAAGCCAGAGGUGUCCACUGAGGCGGAUCCGUUAAGCCGACUGCACGUUUUUGGUGGGGCGGCCACUUACCAACCUGGCCAAGCGAUGGCUCGUCCAUUAGUGGAAACUACGAUAGAUGGCACGAUAAGAGGAAGGAUAAAACUGCAAAAUGACUCAAACAGCCUGGGCGCCUACGUUACCAUUGGUGACGAGGUUACAUUCGCCGACCGAGAUGGCAGAUUUGAAGCGCCGGCCCCCACUGAGACUUUUGACCUUUACAUCGGGGCGCCCGGGCACAUUCCAGUCCUAAUAAACGGCUUUACUCUGGACUCGAGAGAGUCGCUGGAGAUUCCGGAGGUGACACUGCUCUUUGGCGACGCAAACAGCGACGGUGUAGUGAACAUCUACGACCUGGCUGUGGCCGCAUUCAACUAUGAACUCCGGGUACUCGUCGCGGAAGGUUAG